CUACACUGUAACCAAGGAACGUUGACUAGUCGCUGCUUGAUCCAUCACGAUCCACAAGAAACCUCAGAUUUCAAAACCAAUUAAAAGACCAAAGUUUUGAUUUUUAUCCCCAAUUCGUAUACCUAAAUGUUCAAUGCUGUUCUUAAGUCUAAAUCCAGUUCUAUCAAUUACAUCGUCGAGGUUCUAAAAGUUUUGAAAUUUGAUACAGACCCGUGAAGCCGGAUAAAACUCAAGAAGUUAUCACUCCUAAAGAGUCGCAGAGGUAAGAAAAUUAACAAAAAUUCACAAUGGUUCAGAAGCUUGAAAUGAUCAAAGGUGGAGGAGGAUCGAUAAAAAUAGGAGCAACAGGAACAGUAGCGACUCUAAUGACUCGAGAGCUAGACUCCAUGAAACAACCUUCACCACAGACUCCCACAACGAGACCCAUUAGAACAACAAUCCCUGUCUCAGUAGACUGUGGCACAUCUUCUUCAACUCCAAGAAGAACAAAACCAAGAAAAUCAUCAGAUGAAGCUAGCAGCAGCAACAACAAUAAUGUUCGAACACCAAAGGGACAUAAUGCCAGAAGCAAUCAUCAGCUUUCAAUGCUUGGCUCUGAUAAUGUUAGAACACCAAAGGGUCAGAAUUCCAAAAGUACUCAUCAGCUUCCAAUGCUUGGCUCUGAUAAUGUAUCGUUGCAAGGAACCCCGAGACGAGAGAAAAGAAUGAACAUAGUGGAUAUUGUGGAUGUGAAAUGCGGGAAUCCAGAUCGAGCUUGGGCCAAUCCAAUAACCAGUAGGCUCAAGAAGCUUGGAUUCUCUAAACUCAACGAAAGCAUUGGUUAAGAGCCCCGCAGACUUAGUCCGAUACUCUGGCAAAUCUGGUUUGUAUAAUCGGGUAUGAACUGAUUUACACUAAAGCACAAUAUAAGCUUCUUUUCUUUUUGUCAAACCAACAAUGUAAUUGUAAACGAAGCUUUGCUCAUUACAUUCAUUUUGUGUUUGCAUCGACCAGUUAAAUUAAGCUACUAA